UUUACUAAUUUUAAAGAAUUGGUAUAAUAGCAACCAUGUUGUCUUACCAUACUGCAAUUAAGUUAUAUAUGAAUAAAGAAGGUAAAUAAAACAUCAACACAGACUAGUGAACAAUACAGUCAAGAUGGCUAAAGGUGAUCCCAAGAAACCAAAGGGCAAGAUAUCUGCUUAUGCCUUCUUUGUGCAGACGUGCAGAGAGGAACAUAAGAAGAAAAACCCUGAGGUCACUGUCAAUUUUUCAGAAUUUUCCAAGAAAUGCUCUGAGAGGUGGAAGACAAUGUCUGGAAAAGAGAAGUCUACAUUUGAUGAAAUGGCAAAGGCAGAUAAAGUGCACUAUGAUCGGGAAAUGAAGGAUUAUGGACCAGCUAAGGGAGGCAAGAAGGACCCAAAUGCCCCCAAGAGGCCACCAUCUGGAUUUUUCCUGUUCUGUUCUGAAUUCCGCCCCAAGAUCAAAUAUACAAAUCCCGGUAUCUCUAUUGGAGAUGUGGCAAAGAAGCUGGGCGAGAUGUGGAAUAACUUAAGUGACAGCAAGAAGCAGCCAUACAUCAACAAGGCAGCAAAGCUGAAGGAGAAAUACGAGAAGGAUGUCACAGACUAUAAGUCUAAAGGGAAGUUUGAUGGUGCCAAGGGUCCUGCUAAAGUUGCCCAGAAAAAGGUGGAGGAGGAAGAUGAAGAAGACGAGGAUGAAGAAGAGGAGGAGGAGGAUGAAUUUUUAAAAAUUGUUGAUCUGUCUCCUCAUGAAUACCUUGGAGUAGGGAGCGCCGUGAUUGACACACCUCUCGCCUGA